AUGAAAAUAGCAGUAAAUGAAUCAUAUAAUGAUGAUAUUAAUGGGUCAUCAUCAGUUAAUGGAAAUGAAUUAAAAGAAAUGUCAACAUCAGAAAUGGCUAAAAAGGCGCUUCCACCGAUUAGUACUAACUUUAAUUCACCAAAUUCAAGUUUAGAAUUGAAUUCAGUAAAUUCAAUAAAUUCAGUAACAAAAAAAAAAGGACAUAAUCAACGUGUAGCUUCAAUAGAUGAUUAUACUUUAACAACUUUACCUAGUCCUGCAACUUCACUUCAUAACUUUCCACCAACAUCUAUAGGUCGUAUAGUAAAAGAUAAAAUUAAUUCAUCAAAUUUAACCGUUGGAAAUAAGAAAUAUCAACAUCAUCGUACUACUUCGGACACUAAUUUACUUAUAAACAACCUUUCAUCAAAGAAUCAUACAAUUAAUGGUAAUCAUCGUUCAAAUGAUGAUAUGGGACCUAUGAUUGGACAUCAUAUGUUACAACAAAGAUUGAAAAAACUUGGAUUAGCAAAUUAUUCAGAAUUAAUUGGUCAUUAUGCUGUUUUAAAACUUAUCGGAACAGGAUCUUUUUCUGAAGUCAAAUUAGCUAUAGAUUUGAAAAAUUGUAGAGAAGUAGCGAUAAAGAUGAUCUCCUUGAAAGGAAUGCAGGAUAAUGAGUGUUUGCGAACGGGUGUUUCACGAGAAGUUGAAAUUUUAGAGACACCUACACAUCUUUGUCUAGUACUUGAAUACGUUCCAGGAGGGGAAUUAUUUGAUUACGUAAAUGAUUAUUAUGAAAAAAUUACAGAAGAUGAAGUUAAACAUAUCUUUCUUCAAUUAGUUAAUAUCAUUAUCUACCUUCAUGAAUCAAAUAUAGUUCAUAGAGAUCUUAAAUUAGAAAACAUUUUACUUGAUUCAACUAAAAAGCGUAUUAAAUUAACAGAUUUUGGAUUAGCUAGAUUUAUUAAACCAAAUUCACCAUUAUUGACCACUAGAUGUGGAUCAGAAGAAUAUGCAGCACCAGAAUUAAUAUCAGCACCAUCAUAUGAUGGUAGAAAAACUGAUACAUGGUCAUUAGGAAUUAUUUUAUACGCUUUAUUGGUAGGAUAUUUACCUUUUAAUCAAGAAGUUGGACAAACAAGAAAACAAUUUUUUAGUAAAAUUGUUAGAGCUGAUUUUAAAUUUCCUAAACAAAACGUUGGUGGUAAACGAGGGAUGAUUAGUGAAAGUGCAAAAGAUUUAGUUAAAAAGAUUUUACAAACUAUGCCAGAAAGAAGACCUAGUUUAGAAGAAAUUAAAAAACAUCCUUGGUUAAAUGAUGUUACUCCUGUAUGA